GACUCAGGCCAACCCUUGCCCAAGUUUGGUGAAUGGGAUGUCAACGACCCUGCUUCUGCAGAGAGCUUCACUGUAAUAUUCAACAAAGCCAGGGAUGAGCGCAAGACUGGAAGCAACAUUCAAGGAUCCAACUCUCCCUCCAAGGAGGUGUCUGAUAAACAUGGAACCACUCAUGCCACCGCCAAAUCUCACUCAAAUAAAUGGUGUUGCUGCCUAAAAUCUACACCAGCAGAAUCCUGAAUGUUCAAAGGCUUGUUAUGUGGAGAGUCAGUUUCUGUCCUUUGACAUUCUUAGAACCUUUUUUGUUGUAUUCUAGUUAAUGAUUGUCCAGUGGGAAGGGAGUAAGCAUAGUGAUUUGUGAAGGAUCAAAUAAAUUUUUUCAUAUGUAUAUUAAUUAAUACUGGAGGAAAGCACCAAAAUUUCUCUUUAUUCAUGUUUGAUCGUUUGUUU